AUGGACGCCCUCACCCAUCUCCUGACCGUGCGCUGCACAGAGACGCAGGAGAGCAACACAUGCGAGAAGCCUGCUUCUCAGUCAGGGAUUCUUAUCGCGGUUGUCAUCACAACAGGAAUCUUUCUGCUUGGGUCGUUGCUAUUAGUCCUCUUCUGGUUGUGGCUGAGGCGAAGGAAGAUUGACAAGCUCGAAGAGGCAUCCGAUCCUUUCGAGUUGGCGGCAUACGGCAUCGAGCAACCAAUUGCCCAGAAACAGAGGCGGCGCGACUAUCUACGAAACUUGAUGGGCAAGAGAUAA